AUGUUGAACCCUGCUGUAAAGCCAUCCAAGCCGCGGUGCUGGAUGGAGGGCAAACUGUUGGAGGGCGGGGAUGUUAAGAUGAGCUGCAAGUCUGCUGAUGGCUCUGAUCCCAUCCACUACAAAUGGGAGAGGCUACUGGACAAGGGCAAGUAUGCUGGCAAGCUGCCUCCAUUGGCCCUGAUAGAUUUGAAAAACCCAGAGAUUGUGACGUUAAGGAACUUGACCAAGGACAGCACCGGAGUCUACAAAUGCUCAGCCAGCAACGAUGUGGGAGAACAGAGCUGUACCGUGGAGGUCAAGAUACACUAUGUAAGGAGCAUGGGUGUGGUAGCAGGGGCCGUGGUUGGCGUGUCCUUCGGAGUCCUCCUUAUCAUCCUUAUCAUCUGGUUGGUGUUCCGCAAAAAGGAGAUGAAGAAAUAUGAAGAAGAAGAGACUCCAAAUGAAAUCAGGGAGGAUGCAGAGGCUCCCAAAGCCAAACUGGUGAAGCCCAACUCCCUGUCGUCGUCCCGCUCUGGCAGCUCUCGCUCAGGCACCUCCUCCACUCAGUCCAUGGUGCACAACAUGGGGCUCCGAGGCCCACGACCAUGUGUUCCUGCUGUGGCAGCCCUCAAGGAAAACGGCCAAGCUUCCUCCUUCCCUCAGUCUACACCUGGCUACAAUCAGACCGUUCCCAAGACUCCUGAACCACGCUCAGCACCAACCUCCACGUCUACCUCCAACUGCAAGCCCAGCCCUCCCCCUAAGCUGAGUCCUGGAAACCUGAACCGCAUGGGGGCCACACCUGUCAUGAUCCCUGCCCAAACCAAGGCCUUCCAGACAGUGUAGAAGAUGUGAAGACACAGAGGAAAAGACCGAGGCGGCCUCAGGACACGGCAACUAGCUGAACCCAGGAGUUAGACUCUGAUAAAGAUCCAGUUAUAUUAUCUAGAAAUAUUCUCACCAUUCGCUAUCUGAUGGAUACUUUCAGUCGUUCAACUCUCAGAUAAUCUGUGCUUUACACUACAAACAUAGGAAGAGGCUUUUUCUGGUGUCGUUUAUUGACACACAUGUGCCAUAGACUGUGAUUUAGAAAGACAAGGAGGUGUUGAAACUGAAGCUGCAGUCGGUUUCUUAUGGAAGGAGAGGAUUGCACAAACCAGGGAGUGAAUGGAAUGAGGUAAUGUAAUGAGAUGAAGUCCAAAGCCCGAACCAGACUGACAUUUGAUCGAUGGAUUACAUGACACGGCAACACCAUUCUUUUCACAAGACAGCAGACCGCUCACACAUACAGCUGCAGAGGUUAGAGUAGCUCUUAAAGGAAUAGAAAAUAACACGUUACACCUGUUGCAAAUGAAAAUACCUUGCACCUACUGUAUGACUGAACUGCUGAACAUAGUUUAACUGCAGGUUGUUCGAGUAAAUAAACAGGAUGAAUGGCACUGAUUGUAUAAACAGAAUUUAUGUGGAGACUUCAGAUAUCCAUCCAUACAUGUGUCACCCGCUUUUAAUAUGGACAUAAAUCAUAAUGAGUCACUGCUUCCUCUGUGCCAACUGAAAAACCACAUAGAUGUGCACAAUUCCCUUCUUCAGUUUGAGUGUGGCUUCAUACAGGACACUUGAGUUGAUAAUAUUUAUAGCUGAUGUGUCGAGGUUCAUAAGAAUUCAGAAAGGGUGUGAUUUUGUUCAGAGAAAUUGAAUUUUCAGGAGCGCUUACAUUUGUGAAGAUUGUUACAGGGUAAAGACCCUACUGAGAAAGUGCCACAUUGUGAUGGUUUACAUUUGAUUUGUUUCCUUCUUUUUUUAACCCAAGAAUGAAAUGUUUGAAUGUGGUGCUAAUUAAGAUUUGUUAUAUACAGUGAUUUCUCGGCAAUAAGUUAGUAAUAACUCCCAUGGUAACUUGUUGGUUUUGAAUAGAAAUGAGUUUUAUUUGACUCAUUAAAUCAUUUAUACAGCGUUAAAAUGUCCGUCUGCACUCUUAAUACAUUAGAGCUUAAAUAAAGAUGUCUAAAGAGUGCCUUUGGAUGCCGUGUAUGCGUAUAUCAGAAUGACAACAUGUCUGAAAGCAUAAUAA